GAAGAGGGUUAAAAGGAAAAAGAAAAAAAAAAGUGACGUUCGUUUAGAGCCGGAAGUUCAAUUUCGGCCAAAAGUGGUAUCGCGUCAUCGUUUCUUCGUCUUGAGUUUCAUGUCCAGUUAUUACGAUCCCGCGUAUCCUGUUUCACCGUCGUCGUUUGUUUGACGAUCCUCGGCACUGCGUGUGUCUCCUGUGUUGUCCUUUCACCUCGACUUCGCUCGACACGCCGGUGAAGAGCAAUGACACAGCUAUUCAACUCCUCCUCCGGUUCGUCUGGUGUUGGGUCAGAGAAACGUCCAUUCCCCGGCCUCUCGCUCCCCAGCAGAAAACAUUCCGGCGAUCCAUCCCAUUUCCCAACCAGACUAAAGAAUUUCUUCCGGAUAAACAGCUCCUCCUCAUCGAAUACCCCGACCGUCAGCAACAGUGGCGGCGGUAGCGGGAGCGGUGGUGCCCAUCAUACCUCCUCCGGUCACGCACACCUCUCGACUAAGCCUGAGAGCAAGUCUACUUUUAGACAGUCUCGCUUCCUCCCUACGAUUGGUCGGAAUCGGUCUACUACAGUUGCCAGCGAAGGUAAUCCGCUCGAUGAAAUUGCCUCUCCGACCGCCGAUGCGAACCCGUAUUUCCAUCAUCAGGGUUAUCCGGCUUUACGACAUCGGAACGAUGACAGUGCUCCUUCCUCGCCCCCGGAUACACCGGAGUUGCAGGUGGAGGGCGUCCCGGCAUCAGACCAGGCCACCGCGGCCGGCAAAGAAGAGCUGGCUAGGAAGCUGAGAAGAGUGGCGUCGGCGCCCAAUGCCCAGGGAUUGUUCAGCGGCGAUGGCUCGGGUGAUCGACCAAAGACUGCAGAGCUGGGGAAGGAGCCGUUGGUUGCCUCCGGGGGAGCUUCGCCCAAGCUGAGCUUUGUCGAUCAGCCGGGAUCCCAGGCCGCUUCGAUCUCCGAUGAACGUGCUUCAACCCUAUCGGUUCCCCGGAGUUUUGUCAAUUGUCGACGGACGUAUAGCUCGAAUUCGAUCAAGGUGCGCAAUGUGGAGGUGGGCCCCGGAAGCUUUGAUAAGAUCAAGUUGAUUGGGAAAGGCGAUGUCGGCAAAGUCUACCUGGUUCGCGAGAAGAAAUCGAAUAGACUAUAUGCCAUGAAAGUUUUGAGCAAGAAGGAGAUGAUAAAGCGGAAUAAAAUCAAGAGAGCCUUGGCGGAGCAAGAGAUUCUGGCCACGAGCAAUCAUCCGUUCAUCGUUACGCUGUAUCACUCGUUCCAGUCUGAAGAGCAUCUUUAUCUUUGCAUGGAGUAUUGCAGUGGCGGGGAGUUCUUUAGAGCCCUCCAAACACGACCUGGAAAAUGUAUUCCGGAAGAUGACGCCCGUUUCUAUGCUGCAGAGGUGACAGCUGCCUUGGAGUACCUUCAUUUGAUGGGAUUCAUAUAUCGGGAUCUCAAACCGGAAAAUAUAUUGCUACAUCAAUCAGGGCAUAUCAUGUUGUCAGACUUCGACCUCUCCAAGCAAUCUGGCCCCGGGGGUGCCCCUACGAUGAUAGUUGGUCGCAACGGGACUUCGUCAUCUUCUCUACCCACGAUCGACACUAAGUCAUGUAUCGCCAACUUCCGGACAAAUUCUUUCGUCGGAACAGAGGAAUAUAUUGCGCCUGAGGUUAUUAAAGGCGAUGGACACACAAGUGCUGUUGAUUGGUGGACCUUGGGCAUUUUGAUAUACGAGAUGCUUUACGGAAUUACGCCGUUCAAGGGCAAGAAUCGAAACGCUACGUUCGCAAAUAUCUUGAGGAACGACGUGCCGUUCCCCGACCAUGCGGGUGCCCAACAAAUAUCGAACCUCUGUAAAUCCCUCAUCCGCAAGCUCCUUAUCAAAGACGAAACGAAACGACUAGGUGCCCGUGCCGGCGCGUCGGACGUCAAGACACAUCCUUUCUUCCGCACCACCCAGUGGGCGCUCAUUCGACAUAUGAAACCACCGAUGAUUCCUCACCAAGGCCGCGCUAUUGAUACCGUGAAUUUCCGCAACAUGAAGGAGAGCGCGAGUGUUGAUAUCGGUGGCACAAGCAAAUUGAAAGGUGUGCCGAUGGACUCGGGGCUUGCAACGCCAGGAGAACAGAUACCCGAUCCUUUUGAGGACUUCAAUAGCGUCACUCUUCACCACGACGGCGAUUAUCAUGGACAGCUGGCUGAUGAUAGCUUCAAUGGGUAUAGAGCAUGAUUUUUUUUUUGACUUUCCUUUUUUUUCUUCUUGUCUUCUUCGCUAAGAUACGCACUGCUUGUUGUUUUCUGCUUUUCAUUUGCAUUGCCACAUAUGCUCGUGGGCGUUUUCGGAGUGCGGUUUGAGUGAUUGUUCCGUUUCUAGCCCCUGCACGGCUCCGUUUCUGUUUCAAUCAAUCCCCAAUAUUACCCAUCUGCCUUUCCUCCAGAAUGUGCCGACCUUUUCAGAGCCGACUCUUUUAUUUCGCCUGUUCCUCCUCACCUUUCGC